CGUCAACGCUGGCAAAGUGCAACCGUCAAAAUCCUGAAAUCGAAGCCCUCCCCCGCGACCUGAGACCCAACAAGCGACCCGGAUUAAAAUGGAAAACGAAGACCUUAGGAUGCCCUUUGGGCCACCGAGGUGGACAGGCGACAAGGACGACAUGGGUCAGGAAGGCGCCCAGGACCUUCAACCAUCCCGCAAAGCUUUGGGACACCUUUUGGGAGCGGUUCAACACCGUUACCAUCCCUUUCCAACACGAAAAUUCGUACUUUACCAACACCUUCGCCGCCGCCCGAGAGUCCGAAACCCGCGCCGAGCUCGAGAAGCUUUUCGCCAAAAAGUACAAGGCGCGCCUCAAAGAGUACGACGACGCAAUUCGCGGAACAGUGUGGCACUGCAAUGGGAUCGAGAACUUGCCUAAGUGGACUGCCAGCGCGAUAGACAGGGUCAGAGCCUAGUCUGGAGGGUCUCGUGGAGCUUAUUUAUGCCGUCCUUGCCGACGGGAAGGAGCGCAGCGACAAAUUGAAGGAGCUUGGCAUGGUUGCUGAAAAGGUCGAAACGGGCGAGGCUGAAAACGACGAGGCACGUGGGGAAAGUCCGUGCCCCACGGGACAGUCGCCGAUUCACCCGCCAGAUUACGAUUUUGGGGAUGAACGUGUCGAGGAAGGGCGGGAUAACUUUACUUUCACUUGGAACAUAGUGGAGAUCGAGGCCGAGGACGAGUACAACAGCGACCAACCCGCAGCCGAGCCCCUCCACGCCACUUCCCGCCCGUCGCCACUACGGAGCAUCGUGGAGGUUGGGGACGAGGACAAGGAUAAGGACAACAACAGCUCCCAAACCCCAGUUAAACCCCCCGAAGCCGCCUCCUCGCCCGCCGCCGCCCCGACGCAGAUCGAAUGCCUUUUUACAGGGCCCAACCCAGCAAACGGGAAAGUGGCCGCCGGUCCCGAAGCCGCAACGCCUCCUCCACCCAUAUGUCCAAACGUUCGUACAGCCGAGAGGUUAAGCCAACGCGAAACAACGAAUUCUCCAGCUACGGCAUUACGCAAAGAUAGACCCGUUCGCGGCGCGCAAAGUAUUGCCAUUUCCCAGCCAAACGGCCUUGCGACGCCUGCGAGCCCAAACCAGACUCCGUCGAGCCCGACGCCCGGGAGGGAUGCCGAAAAGUGGCCCAAUAGCACAGAGGCGGAUUUAAAAAGGCUUAGCAGAGUGGCAAGUCCGCCCGCGACACUGUCGGAACGGUCGAACGGAAAAGCAGCAAAUACCAAGGACGACCCCUUGGGUAGCGGUUAAUCCACAAGCGACGACUCGAGCCCAAGUAGGAAAAGGCCGCGCCCGGAGCAUGCGGAAACCGAGGGAAGUAACGAAGGUGGAAUCGAACAGCAUCGCCGGAAGCGGAGGACUACGGAUGGGCGGCCUAAUUAUUUAUCAUCGUUACGAAAGGCUGAUAGAUGGGGUAAGGGACGGAAUGGGUAGCUGGGGAGAGACCGCUUUUCAGCAUUCGGUUAUAAACACGGUCGAAUCGUCCUCGGCGCCGGUAUAGCGGUGGGCAAUAUUCACCCACACCGUCCAGUGCAGCAGGCCGUGCCCAGGAUGCGCAAGGGUGUCGGAUUCCAACUUAAAAACUGUUGAAGGGCGGCACUUUAAACGGAUACCGAUAAAGUACGUGUGUUUUUUGUAGUAAUUCAUAUUGCACCCGUUAUCCACGCGAAGCGGCCUGCCGAGCAGCCUCC